AUGCCGGCGGCAGCCCAGCCAAUCCAGGAGCAGAGGGGCCUGCUUCGGCCAAUGGCGGCGGAGCAUGCUAAUGAGGGCCUCAGCCGCGAGGAGGACUCCAUUCAAAACACCGAAGCGGGUGCGGUAGCCUGCAGGGCCCCCGAGGUGGGUGUGGGCGAUGCCCGGCGGGCCCCGCGUGCCCGAGCGGAGCGUCGGAGGCACACGAUCACCAAUGGCGUGGACUGUGGCCUGCUGAAGCAGGUGAAGGAGCUGGAGCAGGAGCAGGAGGUACUGCUGCAGGGCCUGGAGAUGAUGGCACGCGGCCGCGACUGGUACCAGCAGCAGCUGCAGCGGGUGCAGGAGCGCCAGCGCCGCCUGGGCCAAAGCAGAGCAGGCACUGACUUCGGGACUGCUGGGAGCCCCCGCCCACUGGGCCGCCUGCUGCCCAAGGUGCAGGAGGUGGCACGGUGCCUGGGGGAGUUGCUGGCCGCAGCCUGUGCUGGCACGGCUCCCAGCCCAGCCCCCACCUCACCCUCAGCCCCCAGCUGGCAGCAGCAGACCAUCCUCAUGCUGAAGGAGCAGAACAGACUUCUAACCCAGGAGGUGACUGACAAGAGUGACAGGAUCACCCAGCUGGAGCAGGAGAAGUCUGCACUCAUCAAGCAGCUGUUCGAGGCCCGCGCACUCAGCCAGCAGGAGGCCGGGCCCCUGGACUCCACCUUCAUCUAGCGGACAGAUGGAGAUGUGUGUGUUGGGGCCCUUCAGGCCCUGCCUCCCCCUCGCAGGCUGGGCUUCCUGACCUAGAUGCCAACCUGUGCUGGCCUCCAGCUGCGACCUGGGUGGGGUGACAGCCGAAGCUGUUCCUGCCAUUGUCAGUGGACAGUGGGGGCCCUGCCUCUGUCUCCAGAUCUCAGGCAUCCGUGGGCAGGGAGGGCACAUUUACAGCUGUCCUGGCCCCUCCUGCUCUUUGACCUGGGGUUCCUGGUGUCUAGAAGUGGCCGCUACAGGCUGCACUUCCCAUGAUGGCCAGAAGAGGGCAACAAGGGAGCAGUGGCCCCAGACCUGCACUGCCAUAUGCAGGGGCAGAGGCACCUUGGGUACACCGGGACCUGGGGACCCAACGCCCAGGGAUCCAGCGACAGAAGUCUUCCUCAACCAGGCCCUUAAGACACCAGCUCUGUGGCUUAGAUGGGACAGACUGGGGCAUGAGGUGCCCUCUAGGAGGGGGCUCUGCUUGGCCUAUUGGGGGAGUCCCAGGAUGGGGCCAAGGCGGGGAAGGAGCUGGCCACAGGGCCUGGGACCUGCUGCCUCCCCAGGGUGGGAGAGGGCGGGGAGCCAUGGGCAGGAGCCCUGGCAGGGGGCAGGGCGGAGGAGGGGCCCCAUUUGGCCUGGCCUGCUGGGUCCAGGCUCAGUUCCCCAAGAUCUAAGGUGCUGCAGAGUCACCACAGGCCCUGAGGCUGGGCUCUCACUUCCUGCUGUUCUCAGAUCUUCUCAGUUAAACUUGGGAUUUCCUUAUAGCUACAGUGAUGUGUUCUAAGCAAAGCCACAUCUGCCCGUGUGUAUUUAAUUUGGUGUCCUCUCAGGUCCAAAUGAAAGUUUUUGCUUGUGUGAUACAUUUUCCAAUUGUAUUUAAGCUUUCUGAUUUUUUGAAUUCCUAGAAUCCCAGGAAUUCUGAGCAGAGCCCAGCUCCCUGCUUUCCUUGGCUGUAGGGUGCCCCACCCACCUCCAGCCUUGUGGGAGUGCCAGGGCCUCCCCCAUCCACCAGGUCCACCUCGGGCUCGCCCCUGGCCCUCCCAUCCUGGGACAGUGUCCCCUCUGCCCGCUAGGUCUGUUAGGGUCUGCAACAGCCGUGGUGUUUCCAGUGCAGAGAGCUGACUGUCCUCUGUGUACCACUGCCUGGGGCGGGUGUGGGCCGGCCCCACUCUGGGCUAUGCCAGUGGCGCCGACCGGCCAGCUCUGUGGCUGGCCAUAUGCACUCCUGAGUACAGCCCAAAGUGGUGGCUUCCUCCUGAGGUCUGUGCCACCCUCCAGGGACUCUAUCCCUUGUCCCUCUGGAGAUAUCACAGACCUAGAAGGGAGAGACAACACAGGGACCAUCCCAGGGUGACGUUCCUGAGACUGCCAGGUGACACUGGGCCUUCACCUGACAGGUAGAUGAGGCAAGCUGGGGGACAGCAGUGCCUUGCGAAUGUUUUGUUUCAUGAAGAGUGAAGAAAAUGUAUCAUAGUGUGGUGGCGCAUGCCUGUAAUCCCAGCACUAUGGGAGGCUGAGGCAGGAGGCUUACGGCAAUUUAGUGAAACCCUGUCUCAAAAUUUAAAAGCUAAGGGCUGACAAUAUAGGUCACCGAAGGCUCUGGACACAGUCCCUAGUGCCGUGCACAUACACAAGUCUCCCCUGAGUAUGUGUCCUGGGCACAGGCUGCCAGACUGACCCUAGAGCCCUUGAAGGAGGAUCAGCAUCCCAGCUGCUGGGCUCAGGUGGACAGAGGCCCUUGCAGGUCCCCUCUGAGGCAUGGCUCUGGGGCACCAUGCCUAGGAGUGUCCCUCCCUGGACUGUCCCAUCUCUAGGGGAUGCAGGCAGCAUCCCUGGCUGCCACCCCUGAUGGCGGAACAUGUGAACCCGGGCUGUGGCCACCAGAGAUGCCUGGAGACCUGGCUCAGUGUCCCCUGGAGGGUACUCGUGGCUCUAAGAGAGGCCAUCUUCACCCAGCCUCAAGGAUUUGGUGUGAAGCAUCGCAGGUAAGGAAGCUCAACUGCCAGAGCUGUGGGAUCCGCAGGGGUCUGACACAGGAAUGGGCACAGCACACAGGGACGGUGUCUUCUGUAGGUGACUGAAAAAAAAUGGAGCUGGAGCUGGGUAUGAUGGUGUACAUCUGUAACC